CUAUGCAGAGAAGCAGGGCGUACGUUUUGUUUCUCACGAUGCUUUGUGCUCUUUAAUGCUGCUUCAUAGCACCGUUCUCUAGCAUUUGAAAACUUUAACAGAAAGAUAAUGAGCUCGGAGGCGCGUCGCCGAGCCUCAUUUAGCCACCAGUGCUGCAGUUUCUAGUAUUUAGGGAUGGGCCCGAAAAACAAACGGGCGCCCAUUCGUCGGGAGUACAAGUCUCUCACUAAGGAUGCGCUGCGUCAAGAACUGAAAUACCGAGGCAUAAAAUCGUCGGGCAAGAAAUCAGACAUGGUGAAGCGUCUGGAAAAGUGGGACCAGGACCAGAUGGCAGCCGAUGCAAGUGAUUCCACCAAGGUGGAGUUGGCGGUACGCCAGCGCAAGACCUCGGAGUCCCUAGGUGGAGUGGCCAAUGGGGGCCUGGCCUCUUCUGCCAGCUCGCAAAAGGAGGCCCUGCGCAUGGAGCUGCUGGCUGGCUGUGUGGACCGCAAGAGCCUGGUGCUCUGGCGGAGGCCCAUCAUGACAUUGCGCUAUUUCUUGAGUGAGCUCUUUGUGCUUGCCCUUGACAUGGGUGUCAGGCUGUGGCGGAAUAGGAAACAAGUCAUGGCUGCAUUGUUAGUGUUCCUUCUAUGCACUAUUGCCUACUACAUUGAAGGAUCUCAUCAAAAGUACAUACUGCUCAUAGAGAAGAAAAUGCUCUGGUGUGCCUAUUGGGUGGGCCUUGGAGUUCUGUCUUCUGUUGGCUUGGGGACAGGUCUACACACAUUUCUGUUAUACCUGGGCCCUUACAUAGCUGGAGUAACAUUAGCAGCUCAUGAGUGUGGCACGGUGGAUUUUCCUGAACCUCCUUACCCUGAUGAGAUAAUCUGCCCUGAGGAGUCUAGUCCUGGUGCCCAUGUAGGCAUCUUGAAAGUGAUGAGCAAAGUGAGACUAGAAGCAUUUAUGUGGGGUGCAGGCACCGCUUUGGGAGAACUGCCACCAUAUUUCAUGGCAAGAGCCGCGAGGUUAUCUGGCAAUGAGGACCUUGAAGAUCUUGAGGAGUUAGAGGAACUCAUGGAGAAAGAGAAGACUAAAGACCUGUCUGUCCUGGACAAGGCAAAGCUGGCCGUGGAAAAAUUAGUGGAAAGAGUUGGCUUCCUUGGUAUCCUUGCCUGUGCCUCGAUCCCCAAUCCACUAUUUGACCUGGCUGGCAUCACUUGUGGACACUUUCUAGUUCCCUUCUGGACCUUCUUUGGGGCCACCCUGAUUGGCAAGGCCAUCAUCAAAAUGCACAUUCAGAAGCUCUUUGUCAUCAUUGCCUUCAAUGAGAACCAUGUUGAACUCUUGCUCAAGAUGCUCAGAUACAUCCCCUAUGUGGGCCGCUACCUGCAGGCCCCCUUCAAGGAAUUCCUGGCCAAGCAAAAGGCCAAGCUGCACCGCAAAGUGGGCUCCCACGUGGCUCAGGAGAGUUCACUGCUGGCUUGGCUCUUUGAGAAGCUGGUCCUGUGCAUGAUUGUCUACUUUGUCCUCUCCAUCAUCAACUCGAUGGCCCAGAGCUACCACCGGCGACUCUCCAAGGGCCAGAAAGCGAUGUCGGCACCACGCGGCAAGGUGGCAGUCAGUUGAGCUUGGAUUGUGUGCCGCUCUUCUGUGCGAGGUGCUCAGUUACGGAGGUUGAUGCCGUGUGUGUGCACUGCGGACAACAGUGUGCCAGAUGAAACAGAAACAUAAAAGGACUGCUAGACAAAAAGACUGCACUCACCUUCCCUCUCCCCACCUCCUCCCCGUUUGACAUUGCUUGUAAACAUUUGCGCCUUCUUUUCAGCCGUCCGAGUGUUUUCUUUUUCAAUAUACAAAUAUGGUGAAAAGAGAGAAUGUACCAUUUCUUUUUCUGUGCACCUCUCCACCUAGCCACCGCAACAAACUUUUUAUUUCUUUAUGGCAGGAGCUCCUUUAUAUUUUGUUGUGCUUUGCAGUUUUUUGUUGUUGCCAGCAUAAACGUGUCUUGCUUACACAGCUUGUACAUAGGAGUGUGUAAUAACAUUGAAUGGCAUCUGCAAGAAGUUUCAUGUGAAGCACAGACUCCUGUUCCUCAAAUGGUGCUUUCUUUUUCCCCCUUAGUUACACCUUGUCUGUUUCCAAGUGGCAUGUGCCUGGCUCUGCUAAAAAACUAUGGACAUGUAAUUAAAUCAGCACAGUGCAAAAGGUGACGGUGUGAAUCUGGUUGCGUUGUACAUAUUGACGGUAUUGGAAUUCCUGUAUUGCCAGAUUAUGGUGUGUACAUUUUAAGUUAGCAAAAAAAAAAAAAAGGUAUUAGUCACUUCUGCCCUGUCUGAAGUCGGCACAAUCUGUACAAGGUCUUCCCUGCUGUCUUGUUCAUGAUUCGACCACAUCAGGGCUAGAAUUUUUCAGAAAAAGAUCUUGUUUGAUGGGCUUCUGCAGCUGUAUUAUUGCUUUGAGGCAUCAACUCUUUUAGGUUCAUUUGCAUCACCUGCAAGGCAUAGUGGGAUUAUCAGUGUAGUGGCGACUACAAGGGUGACAAAUAAGAGCUGGUCUUCGCAUUUUAAGUGUAGAGUGGUUGUGCAGAAAAACAAGGCACCAUUUCUUUUUCCUCACAGACAAGCCUGUUACAUAAAGUAAGCACCAUGUUUGCAGCCAAAACAAUGCUUUUGAACAUGGAGCAGGCUGUAAUAUUGUGCUUGUAGGCUGUGGUGUCAAUAGAAUGAUACAGACGGUGGGACUUGUUCGCCUGAAUGGCUGCCGAUUAUCCUGUGACCCUAACCAGUGCAAUCUUGGAGGCAUCUUUGUUUAGUGCGAUCAUUGUAUUUGUCAAAGUGAUAGGUAAAGCAAGGCUUGUAAAUUGCAUUUGUUUGAGAUGUGAAUGUUGACGAGCCUUUUGACAUCGCAAAGGCAUGCAACUAGCUGAGCUUUGAGGCUGUGAACACACACAGGGCGCUACAUUAGUGCCCGCUAAUCGCAAUUGUAAGUGUGAGCUAUCAACACAUUGUGUGUGUGUCCAACUCUGGCCAAGGGACUCUUCUAGAGCUGCCAUCGCAUGUAGCUGCAGAGCUUAUCUGAAUGAUUGUCUUUCCUCAUUUCAAGCUGUCCAACUGACAUUCCCUAAUCACCUGGAGGACCCCCUUGGCUUUUCUGUUACGAGUGAAUGUUUUAUUUCACAUUGUAUGUGUGGGAGACAGCUUCAACAAACCUUUUGCAAAUAUCAAUUUGUGGGUGAGCGUGACUGAUCAACCAGGAAUGUUGUGCUUGGCACUAGAGCAAGUUGGGAAGAAUUUCCUUAGGUCAUGGUGUAUUAAUCAGACUGGUCUCGACACUCCCAAUCUGUAAAAAGUUAUAUAUAUUUAAUAAAGAAAACUAUACAGAUUGC